CUGCCGUGCGCUGGUGCAGGUGCUCUAUUUCAUCGAGAGAGGAUGCGAAAGGAAAGAAGGGGAGGGAAAGAAUGAAGGGAACCGUCGGAGAAAAGUAUGCAGGGCAGGAAUAAAAGGGUAUCAGCAGCUGACAGUGUGUCUAACGUCCAGGGGCUCGGCUAAGAAUGAUUUAUUGAAAGGGGCACUUUGAGAUAUGAUGAGGUUUCUCUCUGGUUGGCAAUAGUACUAUGAUUUGGUAUGUGGCCACUUUGAUAGCAAGUGUAUUCAGCACCAGAGGAACAGCUGCUCAAGGUGCCCACGGAGUCAGAGAGGAGCCCCAGUUUGUGACGGCCCGCGCAGGGGAGACCGUGAUUCUGGGAUGUGACGUGACCCACCCACUCAACGGCCAGCCCUACGUGGUGGAGUGGUUCAAGUUUGGAGUGCCCAUCCCCUUCUUCAUCAACUUCCGCUUCUACCCUCCUCAUGUGGACACGGAGUACGCCGGCCGAGCCAGCCUGCAUGGCAAGUCAUCUCUACGCAUUGAGAGGGUUCGCUCGGAAGACCAGGGCUGGUACGAGUGCAAGGUCCUGAUGCUGGGACAACAGUACCACACCUUUCACAACGGCAGCUGGGUGCACCUCACAGUCAACGCUCCCCCAACUUUCACGGACACACCGCCGCAGUAUGUGGAGGCCAAAGAGGGAGGCAGCAUCACUCUGAGCUGCACGGCCUUCGGGAAUCCCAAACCUUCAGUCAGCUGGCUCAGGGAGGGAGGCCCCGUACAGGACAGCAGCAAGUAUAAGGUGAGUGAUGGCAGCCUGACGAUUGUUUCCAUCAGCCGUGAGGACAGGGGAGCGUACACAUGCCGAGCGUACAGUGAGCAGGGAGAGGCCGUCCAUACCACACGCCUACUCGUCCAAGGACCCCCAUUUAUUGUCUCACCGCCAGAGAACAUAACCGUAAACAUAUCCCAGGAUGCAUUCUUCACUUGUCAGGCUGAGGCAUAUCCUGGCAACCUAACAUACACCUGGUUCUGGGAGGAAGAUAACGUCUUCUUCAAGAAUGAUCUAAAGCGCAGAGUGAGUAUUCUGAUCGACGGUUCGCUCAUCAUCUCCCAGGUGAAACCUGAGGAUGCUGGGAAAUACACCUGCAGCCCGAGUAACAGCCUUGGGCGCCCACCUUCUGCAUCAGCGUACCUGACAGUGCAUUACCCUGCCCGUGUGAUAAACAUGCCGCCCGUUAUUUACGUGGCCAUCGGACUGCCGGGGUACAUCCGCUGCCCGGUGGAUGCCAACCCGCCUGUCACUUCAGUGAAGUGGAAAAAAGACAGCCUGCCUCUGCGGAUAGAGAAGUACCCUGGCUGGAGCCAAAUGGAAGAUGGGAGCAUUCGAGUGUCUGAGGUGACAGAGGACUCUCUCGGCACCUACACCUGCGUGCCUUACAAUAGCCUCGGUACAAUGGGACAGUCCCCUCCCGCCCCUCUGGUGCUAAAGGACCCACCCAAAUUUCUGGUGGUUCCUGGAGGGGAGUACAGGCAGGAGGCUGGUCGAGAGCUGGUCAUCCCCUGUGAGGCAGAAGGAGACCCAUUCCCCAACAUUACAUGGAGAAAGGUAGGGAAGCCCAGCAGAAGCAAGCACAACGUCCUACCGAGAGGCAGCUUACAGUUCAAAUCUCUCAGCAAGGAGGACCACGGGGAGUGGGAGUGUGUCGCCUCCAAUGUCGCCACGAGCAUCACUGCCAGCACGCACCUCCUAGUAAUCGGCACAAGCCCACACGCCCCCGCCAAAGUCCACGUUUCGGUCUCGACGACCUCGGCCAACGUAUCAUGGGAACCCAGUUACGACGGCGGCUUUGAGCAGACAUUCUCAGUCUGGUACGGCCAUGUGGUGAAGAGGGAGCAGUUAGGACCGCAUGACUGGCUGUCCAUGCCUGUGCCCAGCGGGCAGCACUGGCUCCUGGUGCAAGGCCUGGAGCCCGAGACGGCCUACCAAUUCAGCGUCCUGGCCCAGAACAAGCUGGGGACGGGCCCGUUCAGCGAGGUCGUCACUGUGAACACACUAGUAUUUCCUAUAAGUACCCCAGAACCACUGGUGCUGCUUACCCCACCACGGUGCCUCACAGCCAACCGGACACAGCAGGGAGUCCUACUCACAUGGAUCCCUCCAGCCAAUCACACGUCGCCAAUUGAUCACUACAUCAUGGAGUUCCGCCUCGGGGAGAGGUGGGAUGUUCUUGAUGAUGCAAUCCCUGCUGGAGAGACAGAGCUAUUGGCUAGAGACCUGGUUCAGGAGGCCUGGUAUGAGUUCAGAGUGAUGGCGGUUAUGGAUGACCUUGUCAGUGAGCCCAGUAAUGUAGUGGGAGUCUCUAGCACAGACUACUUCCCGCCGCCUGAGGUGCCAGACGAGGGGCUGGCACGGCCGGUGGUGGCAGGCAUUGUGGCCACCAUCUGUUUCCUGGCAGCAGCCAUCCUCUUCAGCACGCUAGCGGCCUGCUUCGUCAACAAACAGAGACGGCGUAAGCUCAAGCGGAGACGAGAUCCCCCUCUGUCUAUAACACACUGCAGAAAGAGUGUGGAGACUCCGAGUCCUCUUACCCCUCUACCUGGCAUAGAACCCUACUGGGAAGGCCAGGAAAGGAGCAGCUACAGGCCUCCGCCCUCCAGUCCUCUAUCAUCUUCUGGAAAGGUUAGUCCAGAAAGUGUCCGCUCCAUAGGACCUCCUUCAGAGUCCUCCGAGGAUGGUUUACGAGCUAAGAAGUUUCCUCAAAGUCCUGCCAAGGAGAAGGAGCUGUCUUUAUACAAGAAGACCAAGAGAGCAAUAAUUAGCAAGAAAUAUAGCGUCUCUAAGCACGAGGCAGAGGCUACCACGCCAAUUGAAUUGAUCAGUCGUGGCCCAGAUGGGCGCUUUGUCAUGGAACCUACGGAUGCGGAAACACCAAUUAAGGCAAGGCGCAUCGAGGGCUUCCCCUUCGUGGAGGAGUCUGAUCUGUACCCUGAAUUUCGACAGUCAGAUGAGGAGAAUGAUGAUCCGGGGCCCAUGCCGCCUAUGAUGGCUACCCUCAGACCCCAUCAGAUCUCGCCCAUUUCUUCUAGCCAGGAGUCUUACUUGCAGCCCCCAGCCUACAGUCCCCGCUUCCAGAGGCCCAUGGAAGGCAUGACUAUCAUGGAAACCAGUCGACUCCAGGCUACAGGGCAGAUUCGUGGUGCUCCUCACUUCCGAGCCUUUUCCCAUGGCCAGUUCUACAGCUACUUGGGAAGUCCAGGGGAACCUGAGCCUCCGCCUCCCUUCUACAUGCCAGAAACCAGCCCUCUCAGCUCAGUAAUGUCUUCUCCUCCUUACCACAUGGAGGGACCUUUCGGUCAUCCCACCAUCCCUGAGGAAAUCGGUGAGGGAGAUAUUCAGCAUUAUGCAGUCUCUGGCUACACCCUUCCCUUGGCUCACCCCUCCACCUCGCGCUCUCCAGACAUCUGGCAGCGACCCGAUUUUACCUUUGCUACAAUCGAGGGUCCUCACUUUAUUUUUCCACCCCCACACCCUUUGCAUCUUCAUCCGGAACCUCCCCUUCCUCCCCCUCUUGUUCUUCCUCCUAGUGCCCUCCAGCCCUCCACCCUUCAAGUAUCUCCGUACCCUGGUAUCCUGCAGCUGGAGGCCCCAAAGAGCCGCCCAGGCAAGUCUCCCAGCAAGGUCAAGCCUCAGGGCCUUCCAGCCAAGCGUUUACCUAUGCAAGAGGCACAGAGUCUAGGGCAGCUAAGACACACAAGCCACGGUAUGGGUGUACCAGUAUUGCCUUACCCUGACCCAGUGUCUCACAUGGUUGGCCCAAGCUCAUUCGGAAGCCUGGAUACGCGAUGGUACGAGCUUACACCCAGGCUUAGCCCAAGGCAGCCCCGCAGGAUGGAACCCAGCAUGGUAGUUCUUCAACCAUCCCGCCUCUCACCUCUAACUCAGAGCCCUAUUAGCUCUCACGAAGGCUCACCGGAGAUUGUAGUGCGCCCCAGGCCCCGUCCCAGUGUCAUCCAGCCCCCGAUCCCUCCUGAGAUGUCUGAGAUCACCCUUCAACCUCCUUCUUCAGCUAGUUUCUCUAGAAGGUCCUCCCCCUCCUCCUCUCCUGCUCAAGGCCAAGGCAGCCGAAGGGCAAGUCCCAGCUACCGAUCCCACAUGGCAUUUGCCACCUCAGCAGCAAGCUAUCCGUCACAGUCCCCUUCACCUCCUGUAGAAAGCAGCAACAUUUUCGGGCAGAUGCCAACCCAGAGGAGGACUGAGGAGGAGAUCCUUCCAUCAGAACCCUCUCCACCCCAGUUAUCAGCUUCAGGAAAACAUCGAGGUGCACCAAGUGGCUCUGCAGGGUCUGAGAGGAUAGAAGCACUGAGAUAUCAACGAGUGAAAAAAGCUAAGAAAGUCGGCAUCAACAAUAACAACUCCAAGACCAGACGAAAGACGGGUGUGCUCCCCUCUCAGACCCAGCAGCCCCACACCUCUCAGGUCCUCCAGCCAGAAGAAGCUCUCUACCUCCGCAAGAAGAAGAAAAAGUUGACUCGCCAGGACCCGUACGCCCGCUUCUCCGCUCUGCUGUACCGCCGCCCGCCCCGAGAAGACCAGAAAGCCAUUUUGGCUAGUAUGGACACAGCAGACCCAGACCACGCCACUCUCCUCUGAAGUCCCAGAGAUUACAGGCCACACUCUCCCCAAACUCUGAGCUCCUUCCACCUUUGCUCAGCCAGCCAACGUCUUCACGUCCACACCUGCCUCCACUGGUUUACUCCUCUUCUCUUUUCCGUUACACUCAAUGUAUCACAAGAAAAUGCUUGUGUUCCAAGGUUUUGCUCUAGUCCAUUUACCUCAAAUUCAGAAGGAUCGGUCACCUUGAGCAGAUUAAAAAGAAUAUCUUAUAUGCCUCAAUUUAUCUUUGGGAUUUAGUGACUCUUAUCAGAUGGUGCGUCAGAUAAGAGCACAGCUGUCAAGCUUCUGUUUCAUUCUGCCAACAGUCUCAACCAUAUCUAGCAGAUCACAGGGUUUUCACAGGUAUACCUCAAACACACCACAAUCUCAGUGCUGCUAUACUGACAAACAGUAGACGUUAACAAUCCAAACAUUUGUUUGUAUUUUUAAAUACGACAUUCCACAGUGCAAAUUUCGGACAUAUUAGCAAACCAUCCAUGAAAAGUGCAAUGUACACUACCAUUCAAAAGUUUGAGGUCAGUAUGAUUUUCAAGUGUUUUUGAAAGUAAUAUCUUAUGCUUACCAAGACUGCAUUUAUUUGAUCAAAUAAAUGCAGUAAAAAACUAAAAUAUUAUUACAAUUUAAAAUAACAGUUUUUAUUUUAGUGUAUUUUAUAAUGCAAUUUAUUCCUGUGAUUGCAAAGCUGAAUUUUCAGCAGCCAUUACUGGAGUCUUGAGUGUCACAUGAUCUUUCAGAAAUCAUUUUAGUAUGUUGAUUUGAUGCUUAAGAAACAUUUCUUAUUGUUGAAAACAAUUGUACUGCUCAAUACUUCUCAAUAUUAAAAUUUUUGGAUCAUAAAAAGAACAGCAUUUAUUUAAAUUAGAUGUAUUUUGUCACUUUUGGUCAUUUUAAAUGUAUCCAUGCUAAAUAAACGUAUUGAUUUCUUACUGACCCUACAUUUUUUUAAAUGGUAGCAUAUGAAUUUUUAACAUAUAUUAGCACCAUGGCUGUUAGUGAUGGUAUUAGGCAUGAUUAUGUGUGCAUUUGAGAUGUUGCAAGCGUUGUCUACUCACACACUUAUACUAAUACUCCUUCUCCACAUUUGAGGAGAAAAUGGAAACACUUUUCUACAAAGCACAACAAUUCAUCUGUUAAAGCUACAGUACAGGCAGAGACACAGGCUUGGAUAGCAAUGGCAACCAUUUGAAUAAGGGAACAUUUCAUUCCAAUGCCAUUUUUGAUAAACAUAUGUACAGAAGCUGCUAUAUCCUUCUACACUUUUUGAAUGCAAACUUGCACUGAAGCAAAACCUUGGUGACUACUGUGAGUGACAUUUUUUGUUUACGCCAACCUCACUUCUCACGGUUAUCAAGCUCUAUUCAGAAAGUACUAUAGUAAUGCCAAAAAUACUACAGCUUCCUUAAUCAAUAAGACUAUAAAGUGUACUGUACUGUGAGGAGGAUAGGAUUUUGUGCCAUAAUAAACUAUAGUAUUUUUGUCAUCAACAUGCGAUGCCCCCUUACAUAAAAAGGCAUACAUUGGCCUUAAUAGGGCUCCUUAAUGCUUAUUCCUGUUGUGUUUGUUUUAUUUAGUUCUUUUCGUUUAAGUGACAAAAAAUGAAAUCUACUGCCUUUGUAGGCCAUUUUCGAGCCGUUUUGUUUUUUGGUUAAACCAGAAACGGCAACCCAGCGCCUGUCUCUCUCCUCUGUGAAGACCCUUGGGGGAAAAUCUCUUUGGGAUGAGAGGGCUAUUCCCAGCGGCCAAAGGUUUUUAUUGUGUUUCUAUCAUCCAACGGUGCUUCUUUUCUACAGAAAGACAUGUAUUUUCACUGUCUGAACAGACAUACCUGGGCAAAUGUACAUUUUAGCGUGCUAGCCAUUGUCCAAGGGGGAUGUAAUGGCCGUCAGACGAGAGGUGGCAUGUUCUGUGUCUUAUCACUUGUACAGAUGUGCAGUCAGCUUGUACAUUUGAAAAAUGUCUAAAACUGCAAUUAAUGGCUGAUUAUUGUACUGUUUCUUCAGCCUGGAAAACAAAUUCAAAUCGAAAAGCAAGUAAAGAUGAACCCUUGACCUCCAGAUCGCAGGUUAAAGGGGUUAUGGGUGCGUGGUUCAUGGCUAAGCCCCUCCCAAUGGCCAAUUGCCACAUUAAAGGCAUUUUAACAGCCUACGUAAGGUGCUAUAAAAAGUCUUCAGACUGAACUCUGUUAAUAAUAUAUAAUUAAUUUGAUCUUCCAGCAGAUAAUGGCUGCUGCUUAUAGGUGCCGUCACAUUUCGACAAAAUUUUGUGCGCAAAAAUGGUUUGUUGUCUGUUAUCAAUAGUGUUGCCAUAUGUGAAGUUACUUUCAAACCAAUCAGCUUUCUGUUAAGGUGCGGUCACAUUUAAUGUUGUUUUCACAAUAUUAACAGGAAUUUUAACAGGAAUUUACACGUUUGGUAAUUUUGCAUUUCCCCACAUUAGAUUUCAUGGAUUUGCUGCGUUGACCAACAAAAAGCUGUAUGGUUUGAAAGUGACUUCUGCGUGAGCUGUUCUUCAUUCAUUGUUUUACUAUUGAUUAUAGAAAAUAAAUUUCGCCGAAAUUUUGCUAAUGUGACUACACCUCAUAUCCUGAACACCUCAGUAUGUGAUGUUUUAGGAUUUCAACACCAUCUGUCUGAUAAGCCUUCAAGUGCUGUCACAUUAACCAUUGUUCGGCGAAUUUUUGCGGGUGGAAUCCAGUCAUUUUAAUGGAAAUCCUCAUGUUUGGAAAUUUCGUGCGAAGACGUAGAUUUUGCAAUGGGUUUCAAGUUCACCAGGAUUUGAAAGCGAUCUUUUUCUGAGCUGUGCUUCGUACGUUGCUACUAUUGUCGAUAAACAAAAACACUUUUCUCCCUGCGAAAUUUCGCCAAAAUUUCGCUAAUGUGACCGUUCUUUUUGCUGUCUGCUGUGGCGUUUCGAAGGUCAUCAAUGAUAUCGAUAUUCAUACUUGACUAGCAUCGGAGCGUUAUAUAUUAGUGAGCGUGAGUUGUGAGCUGGGAAGCAUACAUGUCGGUUGGAGAAGCUGUUGUCGCAGCUGCCGUAUAGUGAAGAUUUUAUUCAUUUGUUUGGAUGUAACGUUAGCUUAUACAUGAUAGACCAGCGCAUCAAGUGCUCAUUUGCACCUUUUAGGCGUCAGAAAAGGUCAACCUUUGUGGAAGAUGUUGAUUUGGAUCUGGGGAUUGAUUGUCAAAGAGUCAGACACCAUUUUAAGCUUUUAGCGAUUCUGAGCUCGACACGUUUUAUUUAGCUUCGCGCCGUGAGACCUGCUCAGAUUCCUGAACCGUGAUUGAGCCGUUAUUUGUAUGUCGUGUGAAUGGCUUUACAUUUUGAGCAAAGACUUGAUUGUUCAUACUUGUAAUUUUGUUUUAUUUGUAAAUCAAGUAACCAGAUUAGAUGAGACCUACUUGCUAAAGUUAGGUAUUCUAUUUGUGUGUGUCAAAACACACUGUUUUAGGUAGAUAGAGGCGACUGAUCAUCUCGUUCACUCGGGAGAUGUGCUUAUCCUAAGUAUUUUUGAUCCAUUUCACUGGGCAAUUGUCAAAUAUGGUGCUUUCUAAAAAAAAAAUACAACUGUUUAAUUAUCUAAAUAUUGUGUUCCUUUUUUAUUUAAAGCCUUCAUACAAGAGAAUAAUAUCGAAAUGAAUAUCCAAAAUGCUAGGAAUGUACUGUAAUAUGUCAAAAAAAAAACUGUAUAUAAUAUAAUAGCAUAUAUUGCACAAUGUAUUAUAAAAUUUUAGUAAUUUUGAAUAAAUUGGCCAAUAUAUGCACGCAACAGAAUAUAUUGAUAUAAAACAUAUUGUCAUAUUUUGGAUUCAGUUUUUAAUAUGUUACUUUUUCAUCAUGGUUGAAAUGCAUGAGAGCAUUUUUGAGCCAAAAGAGCUAUUUCCGUGUUGUAAAUGAUUCAGUCCACUUGCAUUCACUCUCACGUUGGAUUUGCAACUUGUUUAUUUUGUCGGUGAACGUUUUUUGGAUACCAGUCUAGCUCACAUUCUGCUUUGCAGGGGACUUCUGCUACUGUAGCAUCAAUCGUUGAACAGAUUGGCUAACUCUAGAGCGGCCAGAUAAAUGAGCUGUUUGGGGAGUUUGAGAGGUAAUUAAUGCUAACUUGAUUCGACUCAUGGGCGGUGUAAGAUGAGAUUCAUUGUAACAGAUUCUGAAAUGAACCUUUAUCUUUUUAGUAGCAUUAUAGCCAUGGUAGAGAUACAGUCAAGCACUAGUUGGUUUAUUUAUUAUUAUACUGUACUGACUUUAUAUGCCAUUUAUAUCUGAACGGUGAUGAAAAGAUUAUAUUGCUUUUGACAAAACGUCUCAAGAUUAGCAUUUUUCCAUUCCAGAUCAUUCUCUGAGGUGCAUAAUUUUGAAUAAAACAACAUCCUAGUAAAUCUCUGUUUCUUUGUUUUG